AUGUCCUGCCACGAACGCCUACAUAAAAUAAUUCGGAAAGAAAAAAGCCAGUUCCUGCUGAUAAAUGGAAAAAGAGUUAAAAUUUACAGAGAGGAAAUCCAACAAUAUGGUUGUGACAGCAUCCAGAGCUGGCUCACGGCUGGAGCGUGUGCGUUUACCACCUUCUUCGCCCUGGCCCCUUUAAUGUGCUCUGGAUUCUUUUACGUCACCAUUAUGAACGAAUUCAAUGUGAGCCAUCAAGAAGCCUCUUGGACAAUCAUGAUUCUUGGAGGAGCGAGGGUUCUUUCAGGUCUACUGGCGGCGUUUAUUGGACAUCGAUUUACAGCAAGGCCGCUAAUCAUUUUCGGCGCCGUCGUUUCCUCAUUAGGUGUGAUGCUCAGCUUUUUUGCUCAUAAACUUUGGAUGCUUCAUUUGACGUUAGGAGCAAUUCACGGAUUCGGAAGUGGCAUUGUUUAUGCGAUGAACCCAGUUGUUAUCAGUGAGCACUUUGACAAGUACAUGGCUCUCGCCACAGGAAUCAACUUCGCAGGAUCCCCUCUUGGAAGUUUUAUUUUCCCAAAACUCCUCGAACAACUAGUGCAGGUGUACGGCUUUCACAGCGCCAUGCUCAUUUUUGGGAGUAUCUUGCUCAACGCGUUGGCGUUCAGCUUGUUCCUUCGUCGACCUCAUUGGCUCGUACCGCAGAACCUUGAGCAUAUACCUAAACAACCAGGGGAGUCGAAGUUCCAAGGCGCCAAUGAACCCUAUACCAUCUCAGGCCAGAUGACUCUGCGGGGUGGCCAAUCGAAGCAGAAGGUAGAAUCAAUGCAAGGAUCGCUUGUUAUUUUCAAGGCUCCGGUGUUCUACUUAAUUACCUUCUCAUUCAUUGCAUUUUGCCUAAGCUACGACUGCUACAAUUCCCUGUUCCUUGAUUUUACCAUUGGUCGGGGAAUAAGUAUGUCCAAUGCUGUAACCAUGACGUCCAUUUGCUCCUUGGCUGACCUCGCCGGAAGAUUGAUCUUACCGGCAUUAACUGACAAAAAACUGGUCGAAAGGAAGACAUCUGUGACGGCUCUGCUUACAUUGCUGGGAUGUUUCUAUAUUGCGAUGUCUUUUGCAAGUGGCUUUUGGGUCAUAUUUACAUUUACAAUGGCAAUAGCUGCCCUUCUCGGCUGUGGUGUCGUGCUCUUUCCUGUGCUUCUUGUCGAACACGUCGGUUUGGACAACAUAUUUAUGGCUACAGGCAUGCUGACGGCUCUCACAGCAGUUUUUUCAUUUUUUAAACCAUUCUUGAUCGGCUAUUUCCGGGAUUCUUUGGGAGAAUACGACUUGUUGUUCGUCGCCUGCGGCUGCGGAGCAAUCUUGGCUUCAGUGACGUGGGCCACGAUAUCGGUAGUAAGAUGUACCACAGAACGACACGAAUGGACGAUCGACCAUGAGAAUGACGAAAGAGUUAUUUCGGAUGGAACCUACGUGCACAUUUCUUGGGUGGCUCAUAAGGACGACGGCAAGCACGCCUAUCAAAGACGAACAUCGGUUUACACAGCAGCGCUUGUAUUUUACUAA